CCAGCCCCACCCAAAUUGGUUGCCAUCCCUACUACCCUACCAACCACCUUCCCGGGCUGGCAGUUAGAGAUAACGCAAAAGCCCAUUCCGAGCUGAUGGUUGACAAAUGGCGAUUGAGAUCUCCAUUAUUAAACACAACUCUGAAUAGCAAAUCCGGGACACAAACUUCAACAAACCCUCUUACCAUGAGCCCUCCAACUCAAUUUUUCACAGCACCAAAUGGCUGCAGCCGCCGGAGCCGACGCCAUGUCGUCGCCGUACCUUACCCUGGCAGAGGCCACAUCAACCCCAUGCUCUACCUCUGCCAGAUUCUCUCUUCCAAGAGCCCCGACCUUCUCAUCACCGUCGUGGUCACGGAAGAAUGGCUGGGCUUGCUCACCGCCGACAAAUCUAUCGCUGAUUUCGCCUUCACCGACAACGUCAUAUUUGCCGCCAUGCCGAAUGUCACCCCGUCGGAGCUCGUUCGAGGAUCAUGUUUCCCUGCCUUCUACGACGCCGUUGUCACGAAAAUGGAAGCUCCCUUCGAUGACCUCCUCGACCGGAUUGCAGGACCUCCGGUUACCGCGUUAAUCUCCGAUUAUGAACUCAAUUGGGCCAUCCGAAUUGGCCGCCGGCGGAAGAUUCCGGUAGCCAUGUUUUGUACUGUCCCGGGCAGACUAUAUUACCUAUUCCAUCAAUUCGCCCGCGUAGAGGACCUUUCCCUGAGAGACCGUAUCCUGGAUCACGGCGACGAUCUUGAAGACUAUUCGAUCCAUGGAAUUUCUCCUCCGGAUGUGGCAGAUCUACAAGCCAUAUUCAGAGGGGAUGACCGGGUUAUCAUGAACCAAAGCUUGGAGUGCCGUUCUUGGAUUCCGAAAGCUGAAUUCCUCUUGGUGAACUCCGUCGAGGAGCUUGAGCCUGAAGUUUUCAAGGCUCUAAGAUCUAAGUUCCAGUCCCCAGUAUACCCGAUCGGACCCACCAUUCCUUUCCUGAAACUCAACAACAACAACAACAAAUUUCCAGAUACUCAACAAGCAUCCUAUUUGCAAUGGCUAGAUUCCCAGCCUGGAGGCUCUGUUUUGUAUGUAUCAUUAGGAAGUUCUUUCUCCAUCUCCAAGCAGCAAAUGGACGAGAUGGCUGCGGGUCUUAGAGACAGCGAUGUUCCUUUCCUUUUGGUGGCUCGCGGGGAGAGGGAUCGGUUACAAGAAAGAUGUGGUGGUGGUGAGAAAGGGAUGGUGGUUACAUGGUGCGACCAGCUGAAGGUGCUGACCCAUGGUUCAGUGGCAGGGUUCUGGACGCAUUGCGGGUGGAAUUCGACGUUGGAAGGUGUUUACGGUGGAGUUCCGAUGCUUACUUUCCCGCUGAUAUUCGAUCAGGUUCCGAAUAGUAGGCUGAUUGUCGAGAAAUGGAGGAUUGGCUGGAGGUUGAAGAGGUUGGGGAUGGAGGAUGAAUUGGUGACCAGAGAUGAGAUAUCUCAAGUGGUGAAGAGGUUUAUGGAUGGAGAGCAGAGUGAGGUGAAGGAAGUGAGGGAGAGAGCCCAGGAGUUGGGGAAGAUAUGCAGGGGAGCGAUUGUAGAAGGUGGAUCUUCUGAUAGAAACAUUGAUGAUUUCUUGGAAAAGGUAUUAGGUGCAAAACCAAAUUCUAUAUGAACUCUAAGAAUAUAUCCUUUAGAUUUGGAGCCACAAGCGGAUGGUUUGAUCAACUCUUUUUUUUUUUGUUUUUUUUUUUCAUUUUGUUUUUGGAUGGAGAUUUGCAGACAAUUUCAGCCAUUUGAUUGAGUCAAAUUUCAAUUAUUUCUAA